AAAAUCUUGUCUCUCGCCAAUCAGAUACGAUUCUGCUGUCAUCAAUGGCAUUUUCUAAAUUGUUCAAAAUUUGCGGAUCAACAUUCUCGGAGACAGUAUGAAAAACAAGAACAACGAGAACUUGUAGAAAUUGAGACCGACAAUGAGGAAAUUGAUAAGAAAGAAGAGGAAAUUAAUGAGAAAGAAGACGAAAACAUCUACACAACCAACGAAGAAUUUUAAUCAAUUGAAGUUAAAGAUUUAAACGUAGAAGUCAUUGGUUUUGUAGACAGCAUACAAGCUUCGCGAAAUAUCCCAAACAAACAGGACGAGAAUUCACCAUUCAGGGUUUUAUCGUUUGUUCUCAGUAAUAAUGAAGGAUCAAAAUGUACCGUUGCAGUGUGGGCAAAAGAAAUCAAUAGGAUUGAACCCGAUUUAAGAGUCAAUAUGGUUCUCCACAUUGAAGGGGCUGAAGCUAAAAAUUUUAAACAUGAGCGGUACAAUUACGGCACUACGAAAUAUCAACUCAUCAUCCAUGAACACACAAAAGUAAAAAUGAUAAGAAUAAAUAACGUAAAAGAGAAUGAAGAAGAAACUGAUACAUCACCGUUAACAAACUUUGAGAAUGUAAAAAAUGCAAGUGGUUUAAUUAGAGUUCAGGGUUUUAUUAAAUCCAGUUGCAAAUUGUUAAAAUACAAAAUUGAGAAUGCUAUCAUCUCCUACGGAUGUGGUUGUUUUACAAAUGGGGAUUUCAAAAUGGAAAUCCGCAUUAAACAUUUCAAAAACGAUCUGCAAUAUGAAUACCUCGAAAGACAUGAUCAUAUUGAAGUCAAGGGAAUUAUAAAAUAUACAAAAGAGGGGAAUUUAAUCUACAUUUCAGUAGAAGACGAAUCAUGCAUUAAAAAAAUUGAUGAAGAAAAAAUGGAUAUCAAUCAACUUCUGUCAGUUUUUGAUAUAAUGGAAUAAGAAGACGUAUCAAAAUCAUGAUAUAUGUUUAAUUUUUUUAUUUUUAAAAAUUGUCAUUAUUAAUACCGUGUGUGGUUUCGAAAAAUUCAUAA